AUGGAAGCUCGACCACUUUCAAAAGAAGUAGGGACAGCGGCCACCAGCAAAGAAAACAAACCACUGACUUGGUGUGCUUUGGCAUGGGAGACCGGCACCGUGGUGGAUGUGACCAAAGACAUGUCUUCUGUUCUCAGAUCGCUGGCCUGUGAUGGUUGCAUUUUCUUCCAAUUCGUUUUGAAGAACCCAACCUCUGAUGCUCCACAACCGGACAGGAAUAGCGUCGGAUUGUCGAUCAUUAUGUACGGGCCAUCUACCACGGGCGACCGUGUUGGAGAAUAUCUGCUUGACUGCCGAUUAUACUUGCAAACACCCAGAUUUUGCGACCACAACGUUCCUUACAUCAAUCCCCACUGUCUUUUCGUGGACGACGAAUCGUUCGUCAUGAGUAACGAUUUGGAUACCGAUCUACAGCUUGCUCCAGACUCCCGAAUCCAAUCAUUUACCGACAUCUUUGCGGGAAUGGCCAGUAUCGAGGCGUUAAAAGAAGCGCAGCAACCCAAAAGUAUCCUGACUCCUCUACACGCUCACCAGAAGCAGGCACUGACCUUUAUGAAACGGAGGGAAGAUGGAUGGCAGUUUCAUGACAAGAAUCUGGAUCUUUGGACGGCGCACUCUGACAUCCGAGGCGCAACCAAAUUUGAGAAUGUUCUGACAGGCCACCGGCAAUUCGAGCCUCCGCCACCAUUCCAUGGAGGAGUUAUUGCGGAUCCUAUGGGCCUAGGCAAGACUUUGACGAUGUUGUCACUGAUCGCCUCAAACACAUGGACUGACCCAUCGAGGAGUACGCAUCUCAACGUUCAUGGCUUUCCCACGGUGAAAACCACGCUCGUUGUAGUACCAUUUUCGCUUCUGUUCGUCUGGUCUAUGCAGUUAAACCUGCACGUCAAGCCAGGUCAAAUGAGUACUUGCGUCUUUCACGGCGCUAGACGCCAUCUGAUUGCCGCUAAUCUCUUCGACUAUGAUGUAGUCAUAACAACCCUGAACACUGUGGCUUCGGAAUGGAAAAGGCAUCGAGAUUCACGCACACAAUCGGGCAGAAACAAGUUUUUCACAACAUAUUGGCACCGCAUUGUGCUUGACGAAGCUCAUAUGGUGCGCUCCCAACGCACCAACAUUGCUCGGGCUAUCUGUGCCCUUGAAUCCCACCAUCGUUGGUGUAUCACCGGAACCCCUAUCCAGAAUAAGCUCGGCGACCUAUACAGCCUUCUCAAAUUCUUGAGAAUUCAUCCAUAUGAUAGUCUGGAAGACUUCGAAAGAGACAUAGCACAACCAUGGAGGAAUCAACUAGAUGAGGCGGCAUUACACAGAAUCCAACUGCUCGUGCGCAUGAUCGCCUUACGUCGGUCGAGAGAUGUGGUCCGACUACCUCAGCUGACGGAACACAUUUGCUAUGUCAAUUUCGGUCCACGUGAGCGCAAAUCCUAUGAAUUGGCUCGGAAAGGAGCGGUGGACGUUAUUGAUUCGGCAAUGUCAGCUGCGAAUUCCAGUGGAUCGUCCUUCAUAACAGCAUUGCAAAAGAUCAAUAAUCUCCGAUUCAUCUGUAAUCACGGGACUUUGUUCGCCAGAAGGAGGCAUCUACGAAAGCAAUCUCGACAAGUGUUUCGGGGGAUGCACGAAACCGAUGCCUUGGACAUGAUGAAUACUAGCAAUGGUAUCUGUAUUCAAUGUGGGACUGAUAUUCAAGAAGAAGACGAGGAAAGUCGACUUCUCGACGACAGAACUUCCUCUUUCGACUUAUCCCACUCUGAGCUGUGCAAGAAGUGUCUAGAGCUAAGUGAGAACGAUGCCUCGCUGUCUCCAGCGACCACGAGCUCUGAUGAUACAGCUUCUGAAGCCCCCGAACCCCACGAUGAUGAGAUAUCUAGUAAAGCCAUAGCCCUGCUAGAAUAUCUUGAUGGGAUGCCUCACGGAGAUAGAUGUGUUGUCUUUACCUUCUGGACGUCAACGCUAGACAUCAUCGAACAAGCCCUUGCUAGGUCUUGCAUCUCAUCCUGUCGCUAUGACGGAAAACUUAGCCGCGCUCGAAGAGACUUGGUUCUUCGAACCUUUGCACAAGACAUAUCCAUCAAUGUCAUUCUCGUCUCGAUCAGCUGUGGAGGCCAAGGUCUUGAUUUGACUGCAGCGAACCACGCCGUUCUUGUCGAGCCUCAGUGGAAUCCAAUGAUGGAAGAACAAGCUAUCUCUCGCGUGUAUCGCCUCGGUCAGACCAAAUCAGUGACAGCAGUUCGAUUGGUUGUGAAGGACACCUGGGAAGAGAAAAUUAUGGCAGUCCAGGCACGUAAAAAAACUUUGGCAGAUUUAGUCAUGAACCAGACGCAAUUGAAAGGUGAGGACAAGAGAAGUCAAUUAUGGGACUCAAUUCGAAUCUGUAUCACGACCCCGCGCACAACUGUCAAGGUCAUCAGCAAGAUGGCCUCUUCUGCUGCUCCGGCAGUGGAUCAAAUCGACAUCGUUGGUAGUCUUACUCAUCUGCAUGUUGAAGGGCCCAAUAACCCAACAUCUAACAACAACGACGCUAAAGAUGCUAGUAAACCAGUCCUGAAGUCUAAUUUGGAUAAUGUGGUUGAAAAAUUGUCAGAAGAACAGUCUGCCGAACAAGGAUUGUACGGUGACGAGCUUGCAAAGAGCGAUGACGAAGAUGAUGACCACACCCCUUCUGAAGAUGCUGAUGAGUACUCCGAGUAUGAAUCCGAUGAAGAUGAUGAGAUUGCGACUAUUAUCAAAGAGUCUAGUGAAGAACUUGAAACUGCAGUUCUCACCAAAGACUCCGGUGAAGACUCCGGGUCCGAAUAUUCUGAAAACUCGGACGAUGAAGUCUAUCAACUUGAACUCGAAGUUGCUGCUUACGAAUACAGAAAGAUGUACGAAGCAGAGCAGGCUAUCCUUGCCGCCAAACAAGACGAGAAGAGUUGCACAGAGUUGAAUGUCGACCUUAAAGAGCUUGCUAGGGAGGCUGAUGAAGAAAUCAGUCGUAGUGAACAGCCCGAUGAAGAAAUCCUUACCUGUCUUCCUGACUCUACCACAUUCGGCGCCUAUGGCCAGAAUUUGGAAUGA